AUGGAUGAGGCUGAUCGUAUGCUCGAUAUGGGAUUCGAGCCGCAGGUUCGCAAGAUCGUCUCCCAGAUCCGUCCGGAUCGUCAGACCCUCAUGUGGUCGGCCACGUGGCCUAAGGAGGUGCAGCAUCUGGCGAGAGACAUCUGUAACGAGGAGCCCGUCCUGGUCACUGUCGGUCGCUCUGGUCAUGCUUGCCAUAAUAUCCAGCAGUACGUUGAGGUCGUUGAGAACAAUGUGAAGCCGGAGCGUUUGCUGGCCCUCAUGCAAGCGGCCUCAGCUGCUACCGGUGGUGGCUGGACUGCCAAGACCCUCAUCUUCUGCGACACUAAGCGUGGCGCCGAUGAUAUCACUCGUCUCCUCCGUCGUGAUGGGUGGCCUGCUCUGUCCAUCCAUGGUGACAAGAAGCAGAGUGAGCGCGACUGGGUCCUGAACCAGUUCAAGACCGGCAGGUCUGCGAUCAUGAUUGCCACUGAUGUUGCCAGCAGAGGUCUUGAUGUGAAGGACGUGAAGUAUGUCAUCAACUAUGAUUUCCCCGGCACCAUUGAGGACUAUGUUCAUCGUAUCGGACGUACUGGUCGUGCUGGAGCUAGCGGCGUUGCUUACUCGUUCUUCUCGCCUGACAAGGGCAAGUUGGCCCGCCAACUCGUCAACUGCCUGCGUGAGGCCAAUCAGUCGGUGCCCGAGGCUCUGGAAACGAUCGCGUUCGCUAACGACCGCUCUAACAGCGGUGGUAAGGGUCGCGGUAAGGGCAACUACGGUGGAAAGGGCCGUGGGUUUUAUGGAAAGGGCAAGGGACGUUUUGGCAAGGGCCGUGGUAAGGGUAAGGGCAUGAACUUCUCUAUUACUGGAGCCAACUCGAUCCCUGUCGGAAACGCGGGUCCGAGCAAGGGUAACGGUCCGAGAUAUCAAGGUUUUGAUAACGCUGGGAUGCAUUAA